AUUUGAAGAAUUAAAAAAACACAAUUAUUCUAUAGAGAAUUAUGUAUUGUUUUCAGAUAACGAGCUCACAAUAUUUUUUUCUAAAGCAUGUUUUAAUUGAAAAUUAUCAUUGAGAAUUAAAAGUGGCGACACUUUCGAAUGAAAAUUCGUAACCUGAAAGCGCUUGCUCGUUUUGAUGGAGGCAGGAAACUCGGGCGCUGACGAUGGACUCGGCUUGUUAUCAGCUGCAAAGGUCUGCGUCACCAAUCGUAAUGUGGCGGGCAGCGCAGGGACACGUUGGACGGACCUAAUCGUGGCCGCGCUGCAAAUCGUGCUAGAGCAAACGCGAGUGUGGCAAUUGCCGAGCGAUUGAAAUGGGACAAUUACGACGGUUCCGCUAGGCAGUUAGGAUAAAUGGCCGAAAAGGCUGCUGAUUCGGCGGCGCAUAUGCUCAGGAUCGACUCGGCCAUCGCUGCUGAGCAGGACGUGGUGUGGACAAGGUCUGAGCGUCGACGAUGGCUCUUGACGAUGACUCUAGGAACGUGCGUGCUCUACGCCAGCAGACUGACCGUUCCGCUGGUAAUGCCGGCGAUGGCCGCGGAGCAAAAGUGGUCCAAGACGGAGUCAGGAGUCGUACUCGCCUCCUUUUUCUGGGGAUAUACCCUGACCCAGUUUAUUUCCGGCUACAUGAGUGACCGUUACGGAGGCGAGCGGGUGAUACUCAUAGCCGCCCUGAUGUGGUCUCUGGCAACCCUGGCUAUUCCUCCCAUUGUAAGGUGCUACAGCCACCCUUUAUCGUGGAGUCUUAUUGCACUCAGGGUUGUCCAUGGAGCAUCUCAAGGUUUCCACUUUCCAAGUUUGUCUAGUCUGUCGAGCAAAAGGCUGAGCGAACACGACCGAGGCCCUUUCUUCAGCAUUGCCACCUGCGGCAGCGCGUUCGGUGCGAUAUUGGCAGGAACUGCUGGCUCUUUCCUCCUAACCUACUUUGGCUGGCCUGAAGUAUUCAGAUUAAUAGGAUUGUGCGGCAUCGCGUGGGUGAUUUAUCUGCGUUAUACAAUUAAGGCCUCCCUAAAUCAGAGGUCUUUCACUCUCCUGCCGCAACCGAAAGCAAUCUUAAAGGAGGAACUCAGAUCUGCAGAGUUGCCAAUUGACGAGUGGCACAUUAUUAUCGCGAGUCCUGCCUUCUGGGCAGCGGCAGUUGCGCAUUUUUGUCAAAACAACUGCUUCUAUAUCAUGUUCUCGUGGUCGCCGAUGUACUUCCAUGAGAGGUUCCCGGCAGCAAAGGACUGGGUCUUCAAUAUUGUGCCUUGGAUAUUUCUUGUGCCGGCCACUUUUCUAGGACGAGAGCUGUCAGAUAAACUGCUUCUGAGAGGUUUCACGACCACGGAAACAAGGAAAAUCGUAGAAGGAGUGUGUCUCAGCUUACAAGCUCUCGGACUCUUAAUACUGCCAUUUAUGACAAGUUUUUGGCUAGCCGUAGCUUGCUCAACGUGCAUUAUCGCCAGUUCCGGGUUCCACAACAAUGCCGUGAUGGUGAAUCCGCAGGACUUGGCUCCAAACUUGGCUGGGUCGGUGUUCGGGAUUAUGAAUACCAUCGGAGCUUUGCCAGGUUUCGUUGGUGUGUACUUCGCAGGCUACAUUUUGGACGUGUCCAACAGCUGGGAGCACGUAUUUGUAAUCACGGCUCUGAUAAACAUUGCUGGCUGCAUUUUUUAUACAAUUUACGGAAGUGGUGAAAGAGUGGUGUGAGAUUAUGAACAAGCAAAUAUUUAACUCCUUGUAUUUAAUUUUGACAAUGAGCGCGGAAAGUGAGAGUUUUAUUACUUUUAAUCUCUAUUUUUGUGAUUGUGCAGUGUGGAGUGUGAGUUGUUAGCUUGAUUAAAUUUUGUCUGAUUUAUUAGAUAAAAACGUUGAAAUAAAAUUAAACCAUACAAAAUGGCAGCAAUUUGUGAAAGUUCGCUUUCCGUCUCAUUUUCAAUCACGACCAAAAACCUUUUUUUAAAAAUAAAAUCGAUAAAAUCCUU